UCAAGACAUUUAAGGGUGAAUAGAAAUCCUUUACUCGUGGAUCGCAACACAACCGACACAACACCACGGGAACAAAUUAUCGAAACAGUAUAGCUCCACCAGAGGGAAGAACUUCGCUACAAAUCCAUGAGUUAUGCCUACAGAUUAGCCUGGCUAUUUUACAUAGAUUAAUAAAUUUGAGGAAAAUCAAAAUAUCGGAAAUAACCAUAACAUUAACGGAUUUCUUAAGUCAUUGAGUAAAACUUUUGAAGCAUAUUACAUAGCUAAAAUGACAGCAAAAGGAGGGCUAAUGUCCGCAAUAAAGAAGAAACUUGUAUUGAGACAAUCCAAGUCAAUGGACGAUACACAAUUACGUGCUACUAAAGACACCAAUCCAAGUACUGCAAGUGAAGUGAUGAAUAAUCUCCCUCAACGAUCAGUUUCCUCUCCAGGGGCCAGAAGAAAAAGCCUGUCGAGUGUAAGCAAUGAGCCCAAGGAGAGAGUUGAAUUGAUGCAUGAUGCAAAGCACAACAGAAAAGAUGAAACUAAAGAAAUCGUUACAAAAAGAGGAGUAAUCAGACGCCGAUAUCUUGAAGGAACUAUGGCAGACGACAUUGCAGAUGGUGUAACCAGCGGUCUUGGAAGCCAAGUGCAAUCACUGCUUGCAGAGAUCACUACGCUGAACAAGUCCCUUCGCAACGCAGAGACCAACAUAGACAAGAAUGGCAAUGUGGCCAGCGAGCAUAAAGACCUAAAGCAACUAAAUGAGGAACUAACCAGUGCUAAAACAUUCAUCCAGAGACUCACAAUGGAAAAGGAAAGACAUUUACAGAGGAAAAACAGUGUGGAAUUGAAAUUAGGAGAAUUUGAAGAAUACAAAAUGCAUCUGAAAACUGAUAUUGUGAACUUAUACCAUACAGUAGAUGAUUUAAAUGAAGAAAUCGUGGACCUUAAAACAAAGCUGCAAGAGGCACAUGAUGAUAACGAAGAUUUCAUUAAGGAUAGAGCUGAUCUCCGGCAUCAACUUUAUGUGAUGAAAAAACAGAACGAUGGUCUCGCACACGUAAAUGAUGAACUUCGUCUAGAGAUCCGUGAUUUGAAAGACAGCUCUGAUGCCAAGUCCGCUCACUGUAUCAUGUUAGACAUGGAGAGAGAACGAAUACUCGACACAAAUAACGACCUUGAAAAAAGAAUACGAAACUUACAGUGCCAGAUUGUUAGUUUUGUCAAUGGCGAUGAGGAUGUACAACACAUAUUUGAAGCAAAUGAAAUCAUAAAUGACAGAAUAAUGGACGCUGAAAAGGCGAGAGAUGAUGCUCUGCAAGACUUAUCUGAAGUGAAACAACAAUUAGAUGCGCAAAGGCAUGUGCGUGACACAAUGGAAGCUGAAAUGAAAGACAUUACAAAAGCCAACCAAACUUUAAAAUCAGAUAACGUACAGUUAAAUCAACAAAUUCGAAAGCUUACAGAAAAAGUUGAUUUUCUAGAUUAUCAGAAUGAAGAGCUUAGAAGUAAAAUAUUCACUGGCGAUAUAAAAGUGGACGAAAAUAAAAUUGCCACAUUGAAAGAACGUCUUCACGAGAUGAAGACAUGUUUGGAAGAGACCAAUGAACACCAAACAGAUGAAGAUGUAAAGCUGGAGAAAGACAAAGCACUUCAGCGAGAACCUAAAUGGGUUUGACUUUGGAACUCUAGAAAAGUUCUUAGUUUUGGUGUCCUUUUUCUUGCCACUAUCAAUAUUGAGAAGUAGUUUGAAAAUAUACACAAACACCACACAUUAUACAUAUUUCAUUCACAUUAUAUCAUUCACCUUGUAUGAUACUACGCCAACACCAAACAUACAAUAAAUUAUGCAAUACAUAAUACACUAUAAUACACAUUUCAACCAUGCAUACCGCCACUUAACACCAUCACACAUACAAUACGCCAUG